CAUAUUUCACUAUUUAUUUAGCCCAUUUUCUCAACUCUCUCUGUUAGCAAGUUUUUGUCAGUGGAAAUAUUAAUGGUAGGUUGAGGGUCACUAUAAAGGAGCGUAUCCUCCCUCUACCCUUUCCUACAAAAACCCAUUCAUUACUCUCCUCUUUCUCAUCAACCUCUCCCUUUUCUCUCUCUCUCUCUCUCUUAAAUUGCUUGUCGCAGCCUCUUCUUUCCAAGAAUCAUCAUUCAUCACCUACUACUUCAGUGGCCCUUCAACAAUGUCAGAAGAAAGUACCUGCAGCAACUCCUCUUCAUCUCCACCAACAUCACCAUCUUUUCCCGCUGCCGCCUCCGCCGUCAUCUCUAACACUUCUUCUAGCAAGUCCAAAACUCAAGACACAGUAGACAGAAAACCAAAAAGAGCAAUAGAUAGCAAGCACCCUGUCUAUAGAGGUGUUAGGAUGAGAAGCUGGGGCAAAUGGGUAUCAGAAAUCCGCGAACCCCGCAAGAAAUCACGUAUUUGGCUUGGAACAUUCCCUACAGCUGAAAUGGCGGCGCGUGCUCACGAUGUCGCCGCCAUGAGCAUAAAAGGUAACUCCGCUAUUCUAAAUUUCCCAGAACUCGUUGAUUCGCUUCCCCGUCCAGUCUCAUUAGUGCCACGAGACAUUCAGGCAGCCGCCACUAAAGCUGCUUCAAUGGUCGAGUUUAACUCAUUAUCUUCUUCAUCAUCAUCUUCUUCAUCAUCAUCUUCUUCGUCUUCGUCAUCAUCAUCGAUAUUAUCAGAAUCAUCAUCCUCGGUGUCCGUGUCGGACGAUGUGUCAGAAUCAGAGGAAUUAAGCGAAAUCGUGGAGUUGCCAAAUAUAGAAGGGAGUUUUGACUUGGCCCAACCGCAGAACGAGUUUAUAUUGUUUGAAUCAGUGGAUGGGUGGGUAUAUCCGCCAGAGGACAUGUAUGGAGAAUUCUCUGACCAGUUGUUGGGAUUGGAGAGUUUGAUUUCCAGCAACCUCGGAGCUUCUGUUUGGAACUAGAAACUAAGUCGGUGUCGUCUUUUUUUUUUUAAUUUUGAUUUUUUUUUUUUACUUUAUCAGGUUAAUCAUAUUGAUUUUAGCUUUUAACUAGAUGCCAAAUGUUUGGCUACUUCUCCUAACUGGUCACUGCUGCUACUGUAAUAUAAUUUAUACUGUUCUACAUUUCUUGUUCAUGACAAUAAUAAGUAGAAUUGUUGGCUUUCA